GGACUGCUGAUGGUAGCGGAAGGGGAGUCGUACGAGUAGAGUGAGAAGCAGAUAAUAUGAGAUCACUUCCGUCUCUUUCUAAUAAAGCCUGAUUGGAUCAGCAGUACUGCUGAUUUCUUGCAUCAGCAGUCCAUUCUAUAUGUCGAUGGUCACUGGUCACUGGUUCGAGGUUCGAGCGUUCGAGUUCGAGGCUGUCGUCAUCCGCAGUUACGUUCAAGCGGUUGUCACAGUGCGAGCCUACGAGCUGCGAGCUGCGAGCGAGUGUUUGUGUGCGUGUGUGUGUAAAUGUCGGUUGACGUCUAUUCCGAGAUACGCCGACGGGUGAUGUUGUAGAUCGUUCUCGAGGAAACUGCAUUGCCGCGGUGCUGUUACCGUCUCGAAAACUUGGAUGCGAUUGUCGUCUCUUCACGUAGCAAUCUUUGACGUUCUCGAAUUCACAGCGAGAGAUUGCGCAUAGGAUAGAAAUUAAACAGUGAAAGAUGUUGGCGAGCAGCCAGAUGGACGUCCGAGAUAAUUACAUGUACAGCUGUUUGCUAGUCCACUUCGAUGUUGACACUUUGAGGUACGAGCAUUAAACGAGCACAGAUUCUCCACCGCAGCGUGGGGAGUGGUGACGAUGCAAAAUAACUCCAAAACUAGAGAGAUGUUUAUCGUUCGAGCUUUGGAGAAGAUAUUGGCCGAUCGAGAUGUCAAGAGAUCGCAUCUCUCGCAGCUCAGGAAAUCUUGCGAAUCCGCACUCGAGGACCUCCGCAACGAGAUCAAAGAUGUACCGGUUGUGCAAGGCGAAGAAGUGACCUCAAACGCCCUUCCACAGCCCAAAAGCGACUCGAACGUCAUCACAGCGGAGAAAUACUUUCUACCGUUUGAGUUGGCAUGUCAGAGCAAGUCGCCGAGGAUUGUAGUGACCGCGCUGGACUGCCUGCAAAAGUUGAUCGCGUACGGCCAUCUCACCGGCAAUGUGCCCGACUCGACAGAGCCAAACAAGUUGUUGAUUGUGCGCAUUGUCGAAACGAUCUGUGGCUGCUUCACUGGUCCGCAGACCGACGAGGGCGUGCAGCUGCAGAUUAUUAAAGCCCUACUGACUGUGAUGACGAGCCAACAUGUGGAGGUGCACGAAGGCACGGUGUUAUUGACGAUUCGUACCGUUUACAACGUUUACUUGGCGUCACGCAACUUGGUGAACCAAACAACCGCCCGCGCGACCCUCACGCAAAUGAUCAACGUGAUCUUUGCACGGAUGGAGACUCAGGCAGAGGAGGAGAAUGUGAGAAUCGAUGGGGAGCAUCAGCAGCAGGAGGCUGUUGUUGUGGCGAACGGUGAGGCUGAGGCUGAACUAAACGCGGAAAAUGCCUCCGACACCGUUGAUCCUCAAACGAUUGUCAAGGGUAUUCUCGAUGAUGUGGUAAACUCGGUGGUGCCGUUGGAGGAGGAAGUCAAUCUAGAGAACGGCAGUCCAGAGGACAAUGGCGACGAAGCGACCGCCGAGAAUGACAACAUGGUCACCGCCAAGUUCACCCACGUGCUGCAGAAAGACGCGUUUCUCGUGUUUCGCGCUCUCUGCAAACUGUCGAUGAAACCUCUACCGGACGGCACACCUGACCCAAGAUCGCACGAGCUUCGGUCCAAGAUCUUGUCGCUGCAGUUGCUCCUAGGGAUCCUGCAGAACGCUGGCCCGGUAUUGCGCUCUAACGAGAUGUUCGUCAUCGCCAUUAAACAGUAUCUAUGCGUCGCGUUGUCUAAGAAUGGCGUAUCCUCAGUACCGGAGGUGUUUGAGCUCUCGCUGGCGCUGUUCUUGGCACUGCUUGCGCGUUUUAAAGUGCAUCUCAAGAUGCAGAUCGAAGUGUUCUUUAAGGAGAUCUUUAUGAACAUUCUCGAGACCUCCAGUAGUUCCUUCGAGCAUAAAUGGAUGGUCAUACAUGCGCUCACGAGAAUUUGCGCGGAUGCCCAGAGUGUCGUCGACAUCUACGUCAACUACGAUUGCGAUCUCUCCGCGGCGAAUCUCUUUGAACGACUCGUUAACGAUCUCUCUAAGAUCGCCCAGGGUCGCCAAGCCUUGGAACUCGGUGCGUCACCGAAUCAGGAGAAAUCCAUGCGUAUUCGUGGUCUCGAAUGUCUCGUUUCCAUCUUGAAGUGCAUGGUGGAAUGGAGCCGAGAUCUGUAUGUGAACCCGAGCGUGCCGGCAGAUCAGCAACCACUCUCGGAUCCACCAGACCCGGCGCCAGAAACCCCGCUGCCGCGCUAUGGCAGCGCCGGCAGUCUCUCGUCGGCCAACUCCAGUCUGAUCGGUAACAAGGAGGUGCCGGACUCGCCGGAACAAUACGAGGUACAAAAACAGCAGAAGGAGGUGUGGGAGACCGGCAUUGAGAUUUUCAGCCGGAAACCCGGCAAGGGUGUGCAGUAUCUGCAAGAGCAGGGGCUACUCGGUACCUCACCAGAAGACGUGGCUAGAUGGCUGCAUCUGGACGAACGGCUCGAUAAGACCGCCAUCGGCGACUUUCUGGGUGAUCAUAAUCACAAUCAGGUAAUGUACCACUACAUUGAUCAGAUGAAUUUUGCUGAGCGCGAUCUAGUAACCGCGCUGAGAUAUUUUCUGGAAGGCUUUCGGCUGCCCGGCGAGGCGCAGAAGAUCGACCGGCUGAUGGAGAAGUUUGCCAGCCGCUAUUGUGAGUGCAACCCCAAUAAUGGCCUCUUCACCAGCGCGGAUACAGCCUAUGUUCUCGGUUUCUCAAUCAUAAUGCUGACCACUGAUUUGCACUCACCGCAAGUUAAGAAUAAGAUGACCAAAGAACAGUAUAUUAGGCUUAACCGGCGUAUUAGCGACAAUGAGGAUCUUCCCGAGGAAUACCUUUCUAGAAUCUAUGAUGAAAUCGCCGGUAACGAGAUCAAGAUGAAGUCGAACCCCAACAACAGCCGGCUUGCCGGCAAACAGCUGAUCUCCAGCGAGAAGAAGCGACGAUUGCUAUGGAACAUGGAGAUGGAGGUAAUCUCUACAGCGGCGAAGAAUUUGAUGGAAUCUGUCAGUCAUGUUCAGGCACCGUUCACUACGGCAAAACAUCUCGAACACGUGCGCCCCAUGUUCAAGAUGGCCUGGACGCCGUUUCUCGCGGCCUUCAGCGUCGGCCUGCAGGACUGCGACGAUACGGAGAUCGCGUCGCUUUGCCUCGAUGGCAUCAGGUGUGCUAUUCGUAUUGCCUGCAUUUUUCACAUGAGCCUUGAGCGCGAUGCUUAUGUGCAGGCGCUGGCGAGAUUCACUUUGCUGACGGCUAACUCGCCUAUUACCGAGAUGAAGGCGAAAAAUAUCGAUACCAUUAAAACCCUCAUCACGGUAGCGCAUACCGAUGGCAACUAUCUGGGGAGCUCGUGGCUCGACGUCGUCAAAUGCAUUUCUCAGUUGGAAUUGGCACAGUUGAUUGGCACCGGAGUACGACCGCAGUUGCUGGGCCCGCCAUCGAAGCCGCAUUUCCCAUCGCCGUUGGCAAACUUUGGCAAUCUCGCGCAUUCUGCCAGUUCGCACCAAACCAGUAAUCUCAAUCUGAGCUCGUUAGACCCCAGUGUAAAGGAGUCGAUCGGCGAGACCAGCUCGCAGAGCGUCGUCGUAGCCGUCGAUCGUAUCUUUACCGGUUCAACGAGGCUUGAUGGCGAUGCCAUUGUCGAAUUCGUCAAAGCUCUCUGCCAAGUCUCUCUCGAGGAGCUGGCGCACCCUACACAACCACGCAUGUUCUCUCUCACAAAGAUUGUCGAAAUCUCGUAUUAUAAUAUGGGUCGUAUUAGAUUGCAAUGGUCCAGGAUCUGGCAAGUACUUGGCGACCAUUUCGACAGGGUAGGAUGUAGUCCUCGGCAAGAUAUCGCGUUCUUCGCCGUGGAUUCUCUGAGGCAACUGGCUACAAAGUUUAUUGAGAAGGGCGAGUUCGCCAACUUCAGGUUCCAAAAGGACUUUCUCAGGCCAUUUGAACACAUCAUGAAGAAGAAUAGGUCACCCAUGAUCAGAGACAUGGUCGUCAGAUGCGUGGCGCAAAUCGUUCACUCGCAGGCACCCAAUAUCAGAUCUGGUUGGAAGAAUAUCUUCAGCGUUUUUCACCAUGCGGCCAGCGAUCGUGACGAGUCCGUCGUCGAACUGGCCUUUUCCAUGACUGGCAAAAUCAUUAACGAGUUGUAUGCAGAGGACUUCAGCAUCAUGGUGGACUCCUUUCAGGACGCUGUCAAAUGUCUGAGCGAGUUCGCUUGCAACGCAUCUUUUCCGGACACCAGCAUGGAGGCCAUACGGUUGAUACGUUCCUGUGCGUCCUAUAUCGAUGCGAAUCCCAAUCUGUUUGCCGAAGGUAUGAUGGAUGACAGCGGGAUGGUCUCGGAGGAAGAUCGAGCCUGGGUGAGAGGAUGGUUUCCAUUACUGUUUGAAUUAUCCUGCGUGGUGAGCAGAUGUAAGCUGGAUGUUAGGACGCGCGCGCUGACAGUACUCUUUGAUGUCGUCAAGACUCACGGCGCGUCCUUUAAACCUCAUUGGUGGAAGGAUCUCUUCCAGGUUCUUUUCAGAAUCUUCGAUAACAUGAAACUGCCCGAACAGCAUACCGAGAAAGCCGAGUGGAUGACGACAACGUGUAACCACGCACUGUACGCCAUUGUAGAUGUUUUCUCACAGUUUUAUGAUAUUUUGGGUCCCUUAUUGCUGGAGCAGCUGUAUUUCCAGCUUCUCUGGUGCGUUCAACAGGACAACGAGCAAUUGGCUCGGUCGGGCACUAACUGCCUGGAAAAUCUGGUCAUCAGCAACGGUAUCAAGUUCGACGAGCGAACCUGGGAGAAGACUUGUCAGUGCGUCUUGGAUAUUUUCGAGAGUACCCUGCCGUCCGCUCUACUCACAUGGAAACCGCAGUCGCCAAACAAGGAGUCCGAUCUCGACGUGAUCACUGGCGAGUCCGACGGCCUCCAUAUUGGUAUCCUGAAGCGGAGCAAUAGCGCGCAGAGCCUCAACACCGAGUCCCUGCCGAAGGCGAAGCUCUUCUCCGCGUUGCAAAUUAAGUGUAUAGUUCAGCUCGAAUUGAUACAGACUAUCGACAAUGUUGUCUUUUAUCCGGCGACCUCGCGUAAGGAGGAUCAGGAGAAUUUGGCGCUCGCACAGGCCGACAUGCUGAACGGCAAGUCGUCAGAGCUUGUUAACAAUAUGCAUCGUAUCUAUAGGGCCACCGCCGAUCAACAGAAGGAGGAACAGGGCAUGUAUUGCGCUCUGACGACUAACCACCUUCUGCAGCUAGUGGAAUGUUUGCUGCGAUCGCAUCGCUUCGCGAAGAACUUCAACUCGAAUCACGAACAGCGCAACGUACUGUGGAAGGCCAGUUUUCGCGGUAACGUGAAACCGAACUUGUUGAAACAGGAAACGCAGUCGCUUGCCUGCGCGCUACGCAUCCUCUUCAAAAUGUACAGCGACGAAGCACAUCGGGCGGACUGGCCCAAGGUCGAGGCACGGCUGGUCGAGGUGGCGUGCGAGGCCUUGGAGUAUUUCCUCGCGCUCGCCAACGAGGCUCAUCGCGAAGCCUGGACGCCGAUCUUGCUGCUGCUGCUCACGCGCAUCCUGAAAAUGAGCGACAACCGCUUCGCGGUUCACGCCUCCACUUGCUAUCCCUCCCUCUGCGAAGUCAUGUGUUUCGAUCUCAAGCCCGAGCUCAGAUCGGUAUUGCGUAGGUUCUUCCUCAGGAUCGGACCGGUCUUCAGAAUCACGCAGCAGUAAUAGUUACGAGCUAGUGAGCUACGGAUCUUAUUACUAUCUUGGAAUCUUGUGAUCUCCAGUUUCAACGGAACUCUUUUGCGAGAGAAACGAAUGCCGUAUGCCAAUCUCGACCCCCAAUAGGAUAGGAAUGUAAUGAAAUAUAAAGCGCGAUUAGAUACUUUGGCUUAAACCGUUUAUAUACAAUCUAUAAUGAGAUCAGCAGCGUCAAAAAUUUUUUCAGCGUAUUCGUAUCAUCGUACGCUUCAUCGAUUUGCUUUCACUCUUCUGUGUGUAGCAUUACAUCUAGCGCUAAAUAUGACUUGGAUUUUAUUUGUGCAAUAAACAGAUUCAUGCAUGAGCGGCAUAUCAAUCGCGGUCAAUAAUAACUUGAUCAUAUCGUGACGAUUUAUUAAUUAAUAUAAUUUUAUUUGUAAUAUAUAAUGUGUGUGUGUAUAUGUAUAU